UCUCCUACACCAGCCACAAAGGACAGAGAUUCUAAACCCAAGUUUUCUUUUUUGUUUUGUUUUGUUCUCUCUCUCUACACCAUGAAAAACACAAACACCAACACGAAACUCAUCCUCCUCCACCCUUAUAUCCAAAAACAAGGAAGCUCAAAUCGCUUAUGGCUUCUAGCCUUCAUAUCAAUUCUCACUCUUGCUUUCCUUGUUACCCUCAUAUACACAAGAGAAUCAACCUUCAUUACCACUGCAACUUCUUCCGUGAUUGCCUCUUCCCCCCCCGUUUCUGGCCUAGGAAGUGCUCCUUUGCCAGCCACAGUGAUCAACACUCUCCUCCACUAUGCCUCAAAAUCCAAUGACACCUACCGCAUGCCCCACUCUGACCUCAAACCCAUCUCUGACGUGCUCAGAAAAUGCUCAUCCCCGUGCAAUUUCCUCAUCUUUGGCCUCACACCCGAGACCCUUCUGUGGAAAGCCCUCAACCACAAUGGUAGAACAGUUUUCAUCGAAGAAAACCGCUACUACGCUGCAUACUUUGAAGAAAAGCACCCAGAAAUCGAUGUCUAUGACGUGCAAUACACAACCAAAAGGAGUGAGAUGAAAGAGCUCAUAGCCUCAGCUAAAGAACAGGUAGCAAAUGAAUGCAAGCCAGUGCAAAAUCUUCUCUUCUCAGACUGCAAACUAGGACUCAACGACCUACCCAACCACGUGUACGAGGUUGACUGGGAUGUCAUACUAGUGGACGGGCCACGUGGCGAUUGGCCGGAUGCUCCAGGCAGAAUGUCGGCGAUUUUCACCGCCGGCGUUCUUGCAAGAAGCAAAAAGGGUGGAAACCCUAAGACUCAUGUGUUUUUGCAUGACUUUUCUGGGGAAGUGCAAAAGGUUUGUGGGAGCGAGUUUUUGUGCGGUGAGAAUUUGUUGGAGGCAAGUGAGAGUUUGGGACAUUAUCUGUUGGAAAGGAUGGAAGAAAGUAGUGCCCAGUAUUGUAAGAAUCAAUCAUCUUCAGGGUCAAAGGCUUCUUCAUCAACUUAGUUAAUGUUUCUUAUCAAGACUACUGUAAGGUGCUCAGAAUCAUGUUAGUCACAAUUGGGUCAUCAUCCUUCUGGGUAUUUAUCAUUCAUCCUUUCCAUUGCUACAUUUUGUUUACUCCUUGGCUGCAGCUUGUAAAAAAUAAUUCUUUUUGUUUUUACCUUUCCAUUUUGUGGCACUGUCAAUUGUAAUUUCUUCAAUGAAUUCAAGUUUACAACAAAUUCAGUUCAGGAUAUUGCAUACCAUCUACAU